AUGACGCCAAUGCCAUCCGUGUCAGCGGCGCAGCCAAAUCUUAACUUCCGCCAGCAGGAGGCUUGGAACCUCCAAGUCAUGCAGUGCAUGAUGGGAUUCUACAAGCAAAAUGUCCAGAACGUGCAGCAGAACAUGCAGCAGAACAUGCACCAGAACAUGCACCAGAACAUGCACCAGAACAUGCCAGCCCAAAUGACAAAUCCUGUUCCCGGCUUCAUGGCCAUGGGGAAUCAUGGGAUCGCCUUCGGACCGUUCCCGAACCCUUGGAUGGGCGAAGGCUUCGGCAUCUCGUUGCCGGGUUUUCAGGGUGCGAAGGUGUAUGCCAUUCCUGCUGAGCCUGGGAUGCAUGCGAUGGGCUGGGGUUUCCCGAUGAAUCACCAAGAGAUGACGGCGCCCAAGGCAGACUGGAGUCCGAAUGGCCAGAGUGGCUUCGGAUACCAAGCAAACUGGGAACCAGAGAUGCCCGAAGCUUUCAAGGAUUUCGUUGAGAAGGCUCUCGAUUGCCGAGCCUGUUGGGACCUCCAAGAUUAUAUCCCAGAUUGCAGCACGGCAGAACUCAAAUUUAUGGCAAAUCAGCUUCGUGGACACGUGCGAGAGGCCACAGCAGUGGAACUUUUGGUCGUGGAGUCGCCGCACGGAAACCAUGUCCUGCAACGCAUGUUGGAGUUUAUGUCUCCAAAGGCUUUGCACUUCGUUUUGGAAGAAAUGCUUGCGUGGGCUCCUGCGCCAGUACUGGCCCGUCACCGUUACGGUUGCCGUGUCCUGGAGCGCAUACUGGAGCAUUUCGGCGAAGCAUCCAUCAAGUCACUGUUGGAAGAUCUGUUGUACCAUGCCAAGGAGUUGUGCCUUCAUCCCUUUGGGAAUUUCGUGAUGCAAAUCUUUAUGGAACAUGCUCCGGCGACGUACCGAAAAUCACUGAUUGAAAUCAUCGCACAGAACAUGGUCCAAGUGGCCAGUGACCACAAUGGCUGUGCGGUAUUGGAGAAGGGGUUGUCCUAUGGUGAGGAGGCCGAGCGCAAGAUGUUGGUGAAGUCAAUUCUGAAGGUGGAAGGCUUGCUGCCCUCCAUGAAGAGCUUGCGGGGUGGGGCCACGGCCAUCGAUCGCGUGUUGGACAUUGCCACUGGCUGGGCCUUGAGCGAGGCCCAGCGUCAGUUGAACGGAGGAGCUGCCAAGAUGAUCAACAAGGGCCGGGGCAGGUGGCGUGCCCAAGAGUCAGGUCGUCCCCGACGCAAGUGA